UUUUUAAUUUUUUUUUUGAGCGACCCUUUUAGCGGUUUAUACACAGCGGAAGAAACGGGCAGAAGCGCAAGCUUGCGCGUCUGAUCCUGGAAGAGGGCUUGAUCUGAUCCUACGAAUGAUUAUAAGCCGAUACUCGAUCACGGAAAUAGAAAUUCGCUCACAGAAGAAGCACUUCAGGAACGAUACCUCCCAUCUCUGUUUACGACACUGACGUGUUCGAACAAUGUACGUACACGUCACUUCCGGUUGUGCGCCGAGGAAAAUUUCACACUAUACUCGGUCGCUUGUGGCGCCAUCCGUGGACAUCGGCCAUUGUUGCGGAGGAUUUACUCCGGUGUUCCUCAGUUGAAAUGGCGGCAGAAAGAUCUCCACUCAUUGGAGUACAGACUCAGCCAGCAUGUAUGGCUCCACAAGAAGCAUCAAUAAACGCCCACUCGGAUGGAGAUGCAGAAACGGGAUGGGUUGCUAAGCUCGCCGCAAUGAAUCGAAGACGUAGCGUCAACUUUCAGCGGCUUGGAGAGAUCGGAAAUGACGGUGUAUCAUAUAUUAAAGCAAUAAUCUACUUGCUGCUUGCACUUGCGACACUUGCUGACUCGAUAUCCAUGAUCGUAAUUGGAACUCUCUACUUUAAUGCCUGCCCUAUUGAGAAGAACCUACCUAUUUAUCUCGUCGUAGCCGGUGUCAUCCUGCUGGUAUUGUUCCUGGGUAUCCAUUACCGGACUGACCGAAUCCUGUUGUAUUACGGAUGCGGAUGUUUCCUCUUCUUGUUUUUCAUGGCAUGGCAGAUUACAGGUGCCGUGUGGGUAUCUAAUGUGAAAGAUGUGGAGAUUAACGGCUACAUCGACCCACGUUACUGCUACUUCGUAGUUUAUGAUUGUGCGAAGUACCUCGGCGGCAUCGGUACUUCCUUUAUGGCCCUCCUCAAUUAUUACACCACGCGCUGUGCUUUUUAAGGACUUCCAGGAAUUGCCAGACUUCACAACAGAUCUUGAUUGAUUGAUUGAUUUUAAAAGAAAAAAUGGAGAUGGUAGUCUCGAGCCACUCGGGACUGGCUACUCCAGGACGCGUUAUUAAUAAAAGAAAGGGAAACUACCGGAAACUACACUAACCUCGACGCUUUGAAACGCUUUGAAAGAAUAAAUGAAAACAUCAUCA